GUUUUGGUCUUCACUACCAUGACACCGGUGAGGUGAGCAGACAGAGAAGCACGCCACGGGAACUUUUUUUUACAUCUGCAGAAUGGAGGUAUCAAGGAGAAGAGUCCUCCAAAAACAUCUGGAGCCUGCCAGACCCCUGCGCCGCUUCAUCCACGUUGACAGUGAGCCCCAAAUAAAUGCUGCUACAUGUGCUCAGGCCCUGAUGGCGGAAGAGGAUCAAGAGACAAAUAUUGGCAUAGAGCAGUUCUACAAGAUUGUCAACCUCGCCAAACAGAAAGAAGGCAGAAUAUCUUACUCCAGAGAUUUUUUAAUUGGUCUGGCAAGUUGUCCUGAGUCCAGGAAGAGGCCAGAAUUUUUGCCUGAGCACCCGAUUGUCUUAACGGAGGCAAGAGAUCUUGAGGACCUAAAGCUUCAUGAAAUGAGGUGGAACGGGAGAAACGAAGACACGGUGGAAGAAAGGCUUCACUCAUCUUAAGAAAUUUGCACAGGUGUUCACCACCCUAAAGAGUGUUUCUGAUAUUUUCUUUUUGUAUUGCUUGGUUAAUUUAAUUGAAUUUUGCAUGUUUAUUUUGAAUGAGACUGAUAACAUUUUGAGGUGAAGUUGCACAAAAUCCUAAUACGAAAAACUAUUUGCUUAAGUAUGAUUAUUGCAUUUUUGCUUAUGUUUUCUGCUGUGUAAUAUUUUGGCUUGUGAAGUAAUGACAUUUUGUAAAAAUGUUUUAAAAUUAAGAUAUUAAUGGCUACUUGUCAGCUGUGCUGGUAAUGUUUCAUUUGAAGAAACUAGGGAUAAAAGAUGUCAUUAAUGCAGACUCAGCAUAUUAGAGUUUAAAAAAACAAACACUACCUUAAGUGACAAUGCUCAGAAUGAUGUUUAUCAGCUGUAUUGGCUGGGAUCAGAUCAGCACUGUGAUGUAACGUGUCUAACAUGUUAACUUCACUAAUAAAGGACAGUUUGGCCCAACA